CCGUGACUAGCGAUAUUUCAUAAAAUUCAUCAAUUGUAAAGAAGCAUGAUGAACACUCUGUCGUCUACACCGGAAUGGCUUCGUGCCGAGCACGAAACGGGGACAACUAUAAUGGCUGUAGAAUACAGUGAUGGAGUCGUUAUUGGUGCAGACUCGAGAACAACAACGGGUGCAUACAUAGCCAACAGAGUGACAGACAAACUAACAAAGGUAACAGACUUGAUUUACUGUUGUCGUUCAGGCUCGGCUGCAGAUACACAGGCUGUUGCAGAUAUUGUGAAUUAUCAUCUUAACUUUCACAAGAUGGAUACUGGAGAAGAGCCAAAAGUCAAAACUGCAGCCAACAUUUUCAGAGAAUUGUGCUACAAUAACAGAGACAAUUUAUCUGCAGGGAUCAUUGUAGCAGGAUGGGACAAGAGUGAGGGUGGGCAGGUAUUUGGGAUUCCAUUGGGUGGUAUGUUGACUCGCAUGCCAUUUACCACAGGGGGAUCUGGUAGCACCUACAUCUAUGGAUACGUAGACUCAAAUUUCAAAACUGGCAUGUCGAAGGAAGAAUGUCUCAAAUUUGUUGCUAAUGGACUGUCCUUGGCAAUGAGCAGAGAUGGUAGUAGUGGUGGGGUGGUCAGAUUAGCUUCUAUAAACAAAGAUGGCGUGGAGAGAUUUGUCCUGACAGGAGAUCAGAUACCCAAGUUUUAUGAAGAUUUCUAGUGUCUGACUUUGAUCAUAUUUUAUUUUUGUGAAAAACUAGUGCUCUCAUUUUUUUGGUCAACUCAUUUCAUUGUUUAUGUAAUAAACACAGUGCAAAUUUCAAA